AUGGAAAUUUGGAAAUUGGUCGGAUUUAUCCUCUUUUUUGGUUUUUUCUUUAUUGUUUUAAUUGUUUCUUGUGUCAAAAAAACUAGUAAAAAGGGCGGAUUUGGUCGUCGUCGGAUUCAAAACCAUGGAGGAAGUGGAAGCGCUGGAGGUGUUGCGAUAAGCACAAAUGAUGGAGGUUAUAAUGUCGCUGGAGCUGCUGCUGCUGCUGUUGCGAUGAGCAUAAAUGAUGGAGGUUAUCAUGGUGCUGCAGGCGAUGGAGGUGGUUUUGGUGGCGGCGGUGGUGGAGGAGGAGGAGGAGAUGGUGGUGGCGGCGGCUUUUUAGCUUGUCUUUGCCGCCGUCAUCGUUGGGUAGGAUUUGCUGGUGGUAGUUUCGGUGGUGCUCAUCAUCAUCAUCAUCAUCAUGGUGCAGCUGCAGCUGCAGGCGCAGGCAUAGGCUUUGGUGGCACCGAUUUCGGUGGAGCUGGAGGAGGAGGGGGCUGUGGCGGCGGCGGCGACGGCGGUGCUGGUGGUGGAGGAGCAAGUGCAUGCUAA